AUGGAAGGAGGUCGAAGCAGAGGCAAAGCCAGAGAAGAGGGACAGAGGGAUGUGAAGUACAGAGGCGUGAGAAUAAGGCCGUGGGGGAAGUUUGCAGCUGAAAUACGCGAUUCGACACGGCAGGGAGCUCGGCUGUGGCUUGGCACUUUCAACACUGCACAAGAGGCUGCAAGGGCUUAUGACAGAGCUGCUUUUUCCAUGAGGGGUCCUCUUGCAAUUCUCAAUUUUCCAAGUGAAUAUGGUUUGCCUGAAGCUGAUCAUUCUACUUCUGCUGCUUCUUCUUCUUCUUCUUCUUCUUCUUCUUCUUCUUCAUCUUCUUCGUCUUCGUCUUCAUCUAAUUUUUCAUCUUCUUCUACAUUGCAUAAUAAUGUGACCACCAGGACAGAAACAGGAAGAGAAAUCUUUGAGUUUGAGUAUUUAGAUGAUAGUGUGUUAGAGGACCUUCUUGAUUUCGACAACAAAAGCAAGAGUGAGUGA